CUGCUGCUACCAACGACGACGACGACGAAUAACAAAGAGUGGUUGACAUCAUCAUCAUCAUCGCCAAACUCACCACCACGAUCACUACUAAAUCCAUUUACAUGCGCUGUCCGCCAUCAUGACCGAAAUGUACACUCAGCCUCCGGCUUCGUCGGCUACCGCCUCACUCCAAGAUCGCCGCGUCAGCGUCGCCACCCCGCCUUCGUCUAUUCCUAUGCCGCCUCCGCCUACAGGUGCCCGGCUUAGAAGUGGUCUUGCCGGCGAGACGUAUUCGCCCGUCAACCAGAACGGAAGCUUUGAAUUCGACCGUGUGAUCAAGAGCGGCUAUGUGCAAAAGCGCACCUCAAAAACCAAGGCUUGGAGGACUAUUUAUCUCGUCUUGCGCCCCAACACUUUGUCCAUCUACAAAUCAGAUAAGGAGGAGAAGCUUCGACACAAGAUCUAUCUGUCGGAUCUGACGGCCGUCACUUUCCUCAAAGACCCAAAGCAGAAACGCCCAAACGUCUUUGGCCUGUUUUCGCCCGCAAAGAACUUCCAUUUCCAAGCUCCGACUUUGCAGGAUGCCCAGGAGUGGGUUGACUUGAUCAGGAAGGAUGCCAGGAUAGAGGAGGAAGAAGAGGAACUUUUCUUGGCCAGCCCACCUCCCCGACGACAAUCCGACCUUAACCGUGACUUUGCCGCUGCCGCGGAUCGGGAACGACUUGCUUCGAGCUCACCGGAACCCCUCGAACCUCCUGUACGGAUUCUGGUGUCUCCUGGUGGGCGACGUUCAUCGGCCAUUGAAUCAUCGGGAAUGUCGGGGACAGAACUUGCGUCGCAUUCCGAUUUCUCCGACUCGGAAUUUCAACGGAUACCGGGCCCAACAAUCGAAAGUUUGACUGUGCGGUCUCCAUCCGUAUCACAAGCACGAGUACGAGCAGCACAGGCACAGGGUGCCCCCAUGACCCCAGGAGCGAUGAAUAUCAGCCAAUCUAGCGGCAUCAACGUCGAGCAAGAUCCGGAUCGGAUUAUCUGGCAGGGAUGGUUGCGAUUCCUCCGAAGUAAACGCGGCGUCAAGCAAUGGAAGAAAUCGUGGGCUGUAUUACGACCCAGAAAUCUCAUCUUGUACAAGGACGAAUCCGAGUACUCGGUUCUCUUCGUCGUCGCUUUUUCGUCAAUCGUCAAUGUUGUGGACAUCGAUCCGCUGAGCAAGUCCAAGGCCCACUGCAUGCAAAUUAUCACGGACGAGAAGAGCUAUAGAUUUUGUGCUCAAAAUGAGGAGGAGCUCGUUCAGUGUCUGGGUGCUUUCAAGAGUUUACUGGCAAAAAGGAGGGAGUUGGAGUCAAAAGCGGCAGCGUCGACAGCAAAUGCUACCACCGACCAGCAGCCUCGCCUGUCCGCAUGAUUGGUCGAGGCUGUUUUGCAUUGCGAUGCUGGGCCAAUAAAAAAAAAACAUAUAAAUGGGUUUUGGAAUUGAAAUGGUGUUGACGGACAUGGUUGGACGGACGGACGGACACAUUCGUUGUUGAUUGUUUACUUUUGUUUUUGGCGCUUUUUUGGAAAUACCCGAUGCGACGAUGAAGCCUGGAUAGGUUUCUCGUCUCAUCAAACUCUAACUCUUUGUUUUCUUUUGUUCUCUGUCUGACCUGCUUUUCCUCUUUCGCCAAACCAUUGGCGCUAG